CCGACAGUUAGGCGGUGCGAAACAAUCCACUUGGUGUGCAAAAGAUCAUCCCAUACGCAGAAUCUUUUGUACUCAACUGAGUCAACUCAAGUUGCUUGUUUUGCCAGGGUCACGUGUCCGAAACUUGGUGUUCUCCGAAUACGCAAAUAUGCCGUAAACCUCUCAAUCAUUCUACCACGCAGAUCUACAGUGCAAAUGGUCACCUCUCUUGACGCAUGGAUUGGUAUCAGGAAAAUUUUGUAAUUUAUUUCCCUUUUUCUACGUUGACAUUUUGGGCCCCAGAAUGCCUGGAAAUGUCUGGCAAUUGAAAAAGGACGUAGGAGAUGCCUACAGAAAACUGCUUCUGAUGUGUCAGCUUGUCAACCGAGUAGCCUGAGUAUGGAGGCCGGGAAUUAUAUGCUGAUAAGCGG